UCUCCUCCAACCUUCUUCCAGUUCUUCUCUUCUGACUAUUGAGCGAGGAUAGAGUUCUGUGUGAGCUGAGAGAACGCGUUCAAUUACGAAUAUCCUCCCUAGAGUCACACGUUUUCAGCCACCGACGGCUUCAUGCAUGAGCGCACGUCGUCCUCCAUUAUCGGCGCUUUUUCUUCAUCCAAACUCCGACUCUUUGACAGGGAUCUUCCAAGUCCUAUCCAAAAUCUAUCUCUGGAACCCUCAGCCCUUUUCAAGCACCGGCCACACCCCACGUUCUGCCUGACUGGCCUAACACUCCCAACCCCCCCUUCUCCAUCUCCUCCCUCCUUUCCCAUAGUUCUUCUGUCUGAGUGAGAUGUCGGACGAUAUCUUGCAUUCGCAAACCUCGCAACCCCGCGUCCAGAAAUCAGGCUCGAUGUCACAUUCAGGGAGUGUGAGCGGUGCAAGUGGAUCCCCGAACCCACGCUCUUGCGUCACAUGUCGAAAGCGCAAGGUAAAAUGCGACAAGAAGCAACCGUGUUCAAACUGCGCCCGUGCGAAAAUCGAAUGUGUGUUCCCUGGCCCGGGACGCGCGCCGCGCAAAUCGAGGAAACCGCCCGAUGGAGAGCUCAUGGAUCGGUUGCGGAGGUUGGAGGGUGUAGUCAAGACGCUGAAUGCGCAGGUGGAAGAACAUGAGCUGGAGAAAGAGGGUGAACAAAGGAGUAGACAGGGGAGUAUGAGUAUGUGUCCUAAUGGAUCACGGGAGAGCCCGAGCGUGGCGGUGGAUAAUAGUGUAGAGGGUUUGGAGAGUCGGUUUGGGAGGUUGGUGGUUGAUCAAGGGAGGAGUCGGUAUAUCAACAAUUCUUUUUGGGCAAGCUUGAAUAAUGAGGUUGAAGAUCUUAAAGCUAUACUUAUCGAGCCAUCCGACUACGAAGACGAAAGCCAUGAUUCACCCGAGUCGUCCAACUUCUCCUCACAGCAUCAAAGCUUCAUUUUCGGGUACAGCUCGACGAGCGUGGACAUGCUGGCCCUCCAUCCUACUCCCGAGCGUGCCCGCGAGUUCUGGGAGGUAUACAAGGAGAAUGUGGAUCCUCUGGUCAAAGUACUCCAUGUCCCGUCUACCGAGCCUAUGUUAUUGGAUGCCAUGACACAUCCAGAAAAAGUCCCCAAGGGAGUGGAAUGUCUGAUGUUUUCGAUAUACUACGGUGCAGUGACGAGUAUCAUGCCUCAGGAAUGUCUGGAGAAGUGGGGUGAAGAACGCUCCUCCCUGCUCGAGAAGUAUCGCUUUGCUUUGGAGCAAGCACUUGCGAGGGCGAAUUUUCUUUACUGUGACGAGACCAUUAUACUCCAAGCUUUCGUCAUCUUUCUGAAUAUCAUCCGGAGGAAUGAUGAUGCGAGGAAAAUUUGGACGUUGACCGGAUUGGUCGUUCGUAUUGCACAAACGCUGGGCAUACAUAGGGAUGGAAGCCACUUUGGGCUUCCGCCUUUUGAGAUCGAGAUGCGGAGGAGACUUUGGUGGCAGGUUUGCAUCCUGGACGCUCGAGCGUCUGAGGACCAUGGUUGCGAUCCCACGAUUGUUGAAGCGCAGUUCGACACCAAGAUGCCUCUGAACGUCAAUGACAAAGACCUCGAUCCUGAUAUGACUGACUUCCCUCCGGAGCGCGUUGGUUUCACUGACAUGACAUUCUGCAUCAUCCGCUUUGAAGUCGCUAAUAUCUUCCGUCGCAUCCUCUACAUCCCACCUGGACCCAACCGAUGCAAUUAUUUCUUCGCCAAUCUUACAAUCCCUGAAAAGGAGAAAUGGAUCAGCGAAUGCCAUCAACGCCUGGAAGAUAAGUACUUGAAAGAUUGCGAUAUGUCGGUGCCACUCUACUGGGUGACGGCGACUGUAUCUCGUUUAGUAAUGAGCAAGAUGUGGUUGAUUGUGUACCAUCCACAUCAGAGGCGAGAUGGAGGUGCAUCGCUCCCCCAAGAAACUAAAGACAAACUUUUCAUCACCUCCCUCGAAAAUAUUGAAUACUCAAUCCUCCUCGAAACUGAAGCCCGCACAAUGAAAUGGGGCUGGCUCUUCCGCACCUACGUCCAAUGGCACGCUAUCGCUUUCCUCCUCUCCGAACUCUGCGUCCGUACCAAGGGCGAGGCCGUUGAACGCGCGUGGCGCGCUCUCGAAGCUACCGCCGGCCGAUGGUGGUUCCCGCUUCGUGACUCCAACUCCCGUAAAGGCAAGCAAGGAUGCUUGUGGAAGCCGUUGCGGAAGCUCAUGGCAAAGGCGCGGGCAGCGAGGGAGCGCGAACUCACUCUUGAACGGGCGAGUCAGGCGCUCAAGAAUGGGGGACUGAUGUACCAGGAUUUCCCACAAUUGUUAGAUCAGGUUCAAGAACCAAUUCCGACAGAUCAACCGAACUCAGAGGAUCUAGAUAAGCUGUUGAGACCUACCGCACCCAGGCUGGGUGAUAUGCCUGUUGCGAAACCACCAAGUUGGGCGGGGAGUCCCAGGAACGGGAAUCCGCAGAGUCCGUUCAUGAAUGGAGGAAAUGAGUUGCUGGGGUUUGGGAAAAGUACACAAAGUGGCUCGUCGAUGAAUGGAGCGAGUAUGAGCGGCCCCUCGAAUUCGAACCCGGGACAGAUGUUCCAAGACAUGACGGAAUACGGCUUCGAUUACCUCAUGCGCGAUAUCUGGCAUGACCAUAACUGGGAAGACAGUGCGCCUAAUAUGACUAAUGAUUCUGGGCGUAUGAUGCCGCAUAGUCUUCCUAGUGCACCAGUACCAGAGACAGAGACAGCGACCUCAACAACCACCACGAACAGGAACCCAACAACGAAUACGAACGCACGAUUACCAACGGCAAUGGACGGUAUCAGCUCCAACGCCUUUACUCAAAGUCCCGCAACCCUCGCGGCCUCCGAUUUCAACAACAGUCCCGCCGGAAUGGGAGGAAGUAGUGGCCAGAGCUCUGAUUCCCCGAAUCUGGAUGGCGGACAGAUGGAUUGGGCGAACUGGGAUGAUUUAGUGAGGGAGUAUGGGAUGGAUGGUGCGCAAGGUCAGAUGGUGGCUAAUGGUGCGGGGCAUAUGGGGAUGGUGAAUUGGUUUUAGGGGAGUGGUUUGUGAGACUAGUGUGGGGGGAACGCUUGGGUGUAUGGGUGGGUGGCUGAGUGGAUGAGUUUGUAUGGGAUAGCAGAUAAUAGGAGUGGAGUAGUGGAAGAGAAAAAGAAGGGGAUGAUGGAUGAUGGAUAUUGGGUGAUGGAGUAGAGUGGACGAAACUGGCUCAUCACUGCAGAUGACUUGUACGAAUACACACAAAACGCAGCACGGGAGAGAUGCAGGGAUUUCAGGAGCAGACAAGGUAAUGACUAACGAUGGCGUUCGAUCCCGGAGACUACCCCAGCUCUUUGUACGUGUCUUUUAGGGCAUGGCAUGGCACUCUGUAUACCCAUGGCGAAUGGUCGGAAUAAGUGGAAUGUGUACUAUUAUUAUGUAGCAAGAUCUCCAUUUCCUG